AUGGGUGAUGGUGUGGCUAAGACAGGUGCAUACAAAUAUGAUGAUGGGACAAAAUAUAUUGGAGAUUGGAAUAAUAGAGGAUUGAAACAUGGUGCUGGUUCUUUACUUCUUCCUGAUGGUACACGAUACGAUGGUGCCUUUCAAAAUGGCCUUUGUUCUGGUUUAGGCAUUAUUAUAUUUCCCGAUGGAGCAAAAUACGAAGGUGAAUUUAUGCAGGGUUGGUUUCACGGACAUGGAGUAUUUUGGAGAGCUGAUGGAAUGAAGUUUGAAGGAGAAUUUCGCGGUGGAAGAGUAUGGGGCUUAGGUUUGUAA